UGUCAGGAUGGAGGGGGCUCUACGGCCUCCCCUUCUCUUGCUCCUGUUGUUUUUACACCCCGACGGGUACGUCGGAGCAGAGGCAGGCGCCAUGGAGCUGAGCCGGAUUCUGGGGGACAACGUCACUUUCUCUCUGGGGAUCCCAGCAGAGCAAGUUAAAUCUGCUUUCUGGAUAGUAAAUACAAGGAGGAGUAUAGUAACUGUAGCAGCAGGAAACCCCCCCACGGUCAUUGAGGGGGAGACAUCCUACGAGGGAUGCCUGAGAGUCCCCGAGAGCUACUCGCUUCAGAUCAGCAGCCUGAGGAUGGAGGACACGGGCACCUACAGCGCUCAAAUCACCACAGCUACAGGCAUCAUCCACAGACACUUCCCGCUGCGCGUGUACAAGCCAGUACCGGAGCCAACUGUCCUCUGUGACUCAGUGACCUGUGUGAGUGAAACCUGUAACUACAACCUGAGCUGCACUGUCAGGGAUGGAGGGGAGCAUGUGACCUACAGCUGGACUCACGCAGCAGGGGGCGCUGUUGUACCCAAUGAGUCCAUUCUGCACAUCUCUCAGAGCCCCCGUGAUGCUCACCUGGCCGUCACCUGCACAGCCCAGAACCCCGCCAGUAACAGCUCCACAACGGCCUCUGCAAAGGACCUUUGUGCAGGGUACGUCAGAGCAGAAGCAGGCGCGAUGGAGCUGAGCCGGAUUCUGGGGGACUCCGUCACUUUCCCUCUGGGGAUCCCAGCACAGCAACUUAUAACUGUUUCCUGGACAGUAAACACAACGAGGACUAUAGUAAUUGUAAUAGCAGGAAACCCCCCCAAUGUCAUUGUGACAGACCCAUCCUACGAGGGACGCCUGAGAGUCCCCGAGAGCUACUCGCUUCAGAUCACCACCCUGAGGAUGGAGGACACAAGCACCUACAGCGCUCAAAUCAGCACCGCUACAGGCAUCAUCCACAGAAACUUCACACUGCGCGUGUACAAGCCAGUACCGGAGCCAACUGUCCUCUGUGACUCAGUGACCUGUGUGAGUGAAACCUGUAACUACAACCUGAGCUGCACUGUCAGGGAUGGAGGGGAGCAUGUGACCUACAGCUGGACUCACGCAGCAGGGGGCGCUGUUGUACCCAAUGAGUCCAUUCUGCACAUCUCUCAGAGCCCCCGUGAUGCUCACCUGGCCGUCACCUGCACAGCCCAGAACCCCGCCAGUAACAGCUCCACAACGGCCUCUGCAAAGGACCUUUGUGCAGCUCACUCAUCAGCCCCGGCCUCCUCGCUGUCCUACUGCCACGUCAAGGGGAUCGUCCUGCUGCUGGUGCUGGGAGCCCUGAGCGCUGGGAUCAUCGUGGUGCACGUCCACCCCGGCAGGGAGCGGAGACGGGACUGAGAGCAGAGGAGCUCCCACUGCGGCUGCCAAUCCCGCCUGCGCGUUCCCCAGCCCGCCAGCCCGAGGGUGAUACAGGGGGACGCUCGCUUGCAGCUUCCGAAGGGUGAAUGUCACUGAGUGGGAGGAGGGGAAGUAUUGGGUCCCUCUGUGUGGCGGGAGAUGUGGUGGAGAAUCGGCCCUGCUCAGUGGCGCCCUCUGGCAGCCGCUAGCAGCACAACAUGUGCGCCUGCCUCGGUUUCCUCCCAUUGACCUUUUUAAAAGACCCCAGUGUCUAAACGUUCCCCUACCUGGGGCUGAUUUAUUGUCCCAGAGUGUAACCAGCCCCUAGGCGCCCAGCCCAGAUCUCACACAAAUCCCCCGACCCAGAGCUCACUGCUCAGUCCCCACGGCUGCUCCAGCGCCUGGUUCUUUCCAGGCUUCCCAGGCCUCUGCACUCCACAGACUCAUGAUCUUCGUACCUCUGGGGUAACCUUGCUGGUGGCAUCACACUCACUGUGGGGUUUCCUUGGGGCCCAGGCUCAGUCACCAUCUUCCCAACACCUGCUGCUCACACCCGAUCCGGAUUUGUGUCCCUGUCCCAGCACUGAGCUGCCAGCCAUGGGGAGGCGCCUUCAAUUCCUUUGCGCAGGCCUCUGUCUAGCAGAGAAUGUACAGAUCCUCCGCUCCCAGGGGAUCGCACCCACCCCGCCGCGGACACAGGGCCAGAU